UGUUGAAAGAAAUUACAUGUGAAACAUUAUAUCCAGCAGUAGUCUUUGCUUCUACCCUAUAUUGAACAUGGCAUCUUCAGGUGUUGAGGGAGACAAGUACCGUUCGUAUUUGACUGGAGAAGGAGAAAAGAACACCCAAUGGAAGUUUGGUGCCCCUACCUAUGAUGUUGUUAACAAGCUCUUUGAGGAAGGCAGAACCAAGAUAUGGCCACCCGGGUCACUAGAAGAAGAGGUGCAGAACCUUGUAAAGACAUGGGAGAUGGAGCUUUUCCAUAAGUCCAACCUUGAUGAUAUCAAAUCAAUUGAUCCCAACACGUACACUUUCAGUCUAAAUGGAAGGAAAGGCAUAAAUAUUGAAGAAAUAGGGAAACUUGGAGGAGGAUAUAACCCUUUGCUUCAGACCUCACUGCCUGAGAAACUCAGGGGAUAUAAUCCAGAUGAGGAAACAGCAGAAUCAUCCCACAAGGCUUUCACAACAACAUUCCCUCGUGGGUUUGCGUUGGAGGUCCUCCAAGUUUAUUCAGGGCCACCAGAGAUUAUCUACAAAUUCAGGCACUGGGGUUAUAUGGAGGGCUCUUUCAAGGGCCAUGCUCCCACUGGAGAAAUGGUUGAAGUCUUCGGAAUGGCCAUUUUUACGGUGGACGAGCACAACAAAAUUGUUAAGGUGGAGUUUUUCUAUGAUCCUGGACAACUUCUUGGAGGUCUUUUGAAGGGUGCGAAAUUGGGUACUUCUUCCGAAGAGACAGCUUCAAGCUGCCCAGUCCUGAGGAGCACAGGGUAACUCAUCCAUAAAAGAUAAUUGUAUUGCUAGCCAAUCAAUAAUUUAUGCCCUUAUUAGGCACAAAGGCUAGCUAUAUAUGUUUCGAAUUUUUAUGAAGCUGUUUUUUAUACGGAAAUAUCAGUGAAGUACUUGUGCAAUGUUUCAAAGAAAAAUAAAGAAGCUUUGUUUGAAUGCUAA